GAUCGCAAGUGGAAACGUCGUUUUUCCCGUGGAUGAAGCCAUUGGCACGAGUGCGUGUCAAGAGUCUGCAGGGUUUGUGAGUGAAUUUUCUUAAGAGUUCAGAGCUCUCUUCGGCCGGAUUUGGAAUAUAUCUCGGAGGAGUGUUCCGAGGGAUAUUUUGUCACACAAGUCAGUUGCGCUUCAUUUCCCGAAACUUUGGGGUAUCUUACUGACUGAUGGUGGGUUGACUUUUUCAGUGUCUUUUUGAAGAACCGUGGGAGAAUUUUCCGAGCGGGAGAUAUUUCGGUGAGUGCUGAUUUUCGCUAGGAUUUUCGCGAGUCGCUGAGGACAAUCGUCGGCUGCAGCCCAUCAGUCAGUCGAUAGCGAACCACGGUAAAAGUGAGACGAUCCAGCCUCGGUAGAACGAUACUAGCCCAAAAAGUGGUCUGAAGAAGAUAUUUAAGUGUACGAAGACGACGCUCUGUUCUCGAGUUCUCUCGGGUACAAGAAAGAGUAAGGAGAGAAAGCGAGUGUAUGAGGUUAAGAGGAGACGACAGCUGAUACAGAACGAUAGGCGACGAUCGGGAAAAGUGUGCGCGAUCAUCAUCGAGAUAGGGAAGAAGAUAGAUUUUCCGACCUCAAAAAGUGACGAGUGGCCUCCGUCCGUUUUGCCCGUUCCCGUGGGUUGUGCAGUGGAAAAGUGAAAAAAAAGAGGAAAAAAGAGUCGUGCAAAGGUGUGCGCGAUCGUGACAAUCUUCGAGCGAGAGGUGCAACUGGACACGAUCGUGAAUAACACUGUGCAGUUUUUGUGGUCCAACGCCUACGAUCAUUUGCGACGCCCGGCCGUCCCCUAAAGAAUCGUCAGGCGUAUCUCGUCAGCCAGAAUUUCGCUUUUAGGAAACUACCAGACGACGGCGACAACGCAUCGCCCGACGAUCCAAAAGUGCUGCGGUGCUGCGAUGGAAACCGACGACCAAUUUUGUCAUUAUAUAAGUUUUUAUGACAGAGUACUUAAUUUUUGAACACAGAACGGAUCGGCGGCGCAUGAACGCGCAACAGUUCAGCGAAGAAGAAAACGAUUCAAAACUACUGCUUGCCAUUUUUGAGUCGAUUGGUUGUGUGUAGUGAGUGAGACUCUUCUUGCUUCUGUUGUCGUUUGCGAAGGGAAGAAAAACGACCCUCCUAUCCCCUCGAAGCCAGAUGUGUGAAAAUGUGACUUUUAAAACCCAUCCCUGAUCAACAAGUGAAAAGUGUCGAACCACCCCUACUGCCUAUCAACAAAGCCGAAAAUCUCCCAAAGCGAAAAGACCCUCAACUAUCACUGGGCGCCGAAAAACAGCGGCGGAGGACUAACGACGGCAAAACCCUCCCUCAACCUGAGGGGGUGAGCCAGAGAGAAAAAAAAACAGUGGAAAACCCCUUUCCCCACUAAUCCAAGCACUGCGGCGGCGAUGUGAAAUGAGUCAGUCAUUGCGACAAACCUCGAAGACGACGACGACGAAUUUGAACCAAGUGGAAAGCUAGAAAGAAAAACGUCCACCCAAAAACGAGAAUAACAUACACAAAUUGUAAAUCUUUCGUACCGCGUACCGUGCCGUAAACGACGUGGACGGCAACGGCGGCAAAACGAAGACGACGUUGACUACUAAGAAGAGGACGACAUCGACGAAGACGGCCGUGGCCAAAAGUUGAAUAAUCGUGUAAUCUCACUCACGACGAACGAGCUGCGCGUGAAAUCACACUUAGAGCAGUCGCAUCCUGGUGGAAGGUACCUGCCAAUUUGCGCGCCUACACACGUACGCCUAGUGCCCGUAUCCGUUUGUGCAUGUGCGUGUGUGUAUGUGUGUGUGUCUGUCACGGCACACACUUUCGGAGAACGAUCAAGCAGCUGAAGUAAAGUCGGACUGUGUUGCAAAGGUGUUCGCGUUCUAGAUCUAUGACAUAAAAAGUGCGAGCAGGAUUAAGGUUGAAUCAAACAAAAAAUAUAGUCAGCUAAAAAAAAUUAAAACAGAGGAAAAAAAGUGUUCAAGUGACGUGGUGUCCGAGAAAAUGUAGAUGAUGCUGAUCGUAGUAGUCAAGAAAAAAAAGUAGUAGUAGCAGAAAAUUUGUUUACUUUUGAGUGAAAGCGCCUCGGGAGCAACGAACAAUUCUUUUGUCAGGACGACGCCCUUCGGAUUGAUCAUGUUCGCAUCAUGUAUCUCUUGAGUUUCUCCUUUGACAAUGAUAUCUCAAGAUACCAAACAAUCAACACCAACUACAACUCAGAGAGUAUUCUCUUCAUUCCUGAACUUUGUUAGGCGGAAGAGGUUCAAAGAAGAAAAAUAAUUUGGAAAAUCGUCUACAAUUGCUUGAUAGCUAAAAGUGUCCAAUCUGUGAAAAACCAUGAAGAAAAGAAUUGACAUGAUUCAAUGUAGAUCUACGAAAAAGUUUAAAUUAAUAUUAAAAAUUCGUUCCAACCGUUAUCGAGAGGCGCCCUAGAGGAAGUUUGGCACGCCUCAAACAUCAAGUUGGUGCUCCCAACGGAGCGAAUCAGUCGACCUUUUGGAGGCGGAUCUAGAACAGCUGCAGCAGUUCAGCAGUAAAACCGGUUUUGGGCCCUUCCUAUCCGAAGUGGUUGGUGCUUAGGACCUAGGCAGCAACCCCUCAGAAUCCAGAACACCGGACGCCAUGUACUUGCGCAAAUGGAGUCCCAUUAAAUUUUUAAUGUACUUAUGGCUAGCAAUUCUUGUGUGGAUAUUUUGUUGGUGUGAUAGCUCCGCCACAAUGCACCUGGCACCGUCAGCUUCCGCAUUGUCCUAUUCGUCCGCGUUGUCGCCAUCGAUGGCGAUGUCUUCGUACGCCGAAAGUGGUAUUAGCAGUGUUGGUAGUAGUAGAAGAAGCAGCAGCAGCAGCAGUAGUAGUGGUAGUAGUAGUAAUAGUUAUUACAGUAGAAGCAGUGGGAGUAGUAGUAGGAAUAGUUUAGCGGAGCUGUCGGUCCAAAGGGAUCAUCACUCUCGGGUGACGGCGGCUGAUACUCAAAGUGAUACUAGAAUAUUAGCGGACUCCACGAGUCCAUACCAAUGGCGGCCAUCUAGUUGGCAGACGGCAUCGGAGUUGACUACCUCCAACAGCUUAACCACACAGAAACACAAACAGCAAGGCACUUCACCCUUGAGGGAUAUGACCAACGUCGGUCAAGAUCGACGAUGGUCCACCGUUCAUCAUCCGGCCCAAUACGCCAGUCGUAUGACUUCGGAUAACUCCUACCGAGAGCCAUCAUCGGUGAUGCACUUGAAGAGCUCUCAUUUGCUGCCAGUUAGCCUAAGUCAUGUCUCUGCCAGUAACACAAGCAGCAGUGACAGUAGUAGUAUUAUUAGUACCAGCAGUAGCAGUAGCACCACGAGUGAAGAUCCACAAAGUGCUAUCGAUGCAGAGGCACGUCUGCAGCACCAGUGGAAGUUGCGCAUGAGCCAAAAACGGGCGCGAAGACUGGCGCACCGAAGACAUCUGUCGGCGACAGCCUCUACAAUCUCAGACGCAGAAGCAACCAAUCGCAACCGACGAGACUCAGCUCGUCUCCCUUCAACGCCAGCCAGUAACCUACGAAGGCCAGGAGCAUUUCGGCCCGGUCCUAGUCCAUCGAAUGCCGGCGCCCAAUUUGGUCAAGGCCGACGAUACUGCUCUGCGCGAGAUCCCGCAACGCUAGCCUUCGAUGCACCCAUCGUAUUCGAGGGCAAAAUCAAAUCCAUGAGCAGUGAUCGGAGGUCCAACUUUUCCGUCACCUUUGAGUUGAUGGCCGUCCACAAGAAGAACUCCAGCUUUUUCCUGCCAAACAUUGUGCGAUUACAGUUCACCUAUCGGAACUACAGUGAGUGCGAUAUCUAUCGGGAACCCUACCGAGAGCGGGGGAUCGUCCGGGAAGACUUGGAACAGGGCAAGGUGUACUUUUUGUUUGUGAAACAAAUCGAUCUGGGGAACUUUAGCAUCCUCGGGCAGCCGAUCCGGAAAACCAGACGCACUACCAAUGGGGUGCUGGAAGGGGUUAGCAAAAAUUAUGGUAAAGAACCGAAGAUAACUUCCCUAACGCCGAACAUGACCAGGCACGAGGGCAAACGGGUGCGUCUGGUGUGCAAGGUCAGCGGACAGCCGCCACCCAAAGUCACCUGGUUCAAGGACAAGCGUUCCAUCAACCGGAACGUGACCAAAUACGCUCAAGUGCACCUCAAAAAACGAUCCGAGCUCAUCAUUCAUUCAGUGACCGCAACCGACGCUGGAGAGUACGAGUGCCGAGCUAAAAAUAAGAAAGGCAAAAUUUCCACCUCGACGCACCUCCGAGUGACGAUGAACCAUACGACGCCCAAACCAACAAAAUCGCCACCAGAUGAGCCGUACAAUAAUCCGCGACCAUGUCGGGUGCCCGGAGCGGAACAUUUCUGCCUCAACGGUGGCACCUGCAUACACUUCGAAGAUCUCCAAGAGUGGGCAUGCACGUGUCCGAAGGGUUUCUCGGGCAACAAGUGCGAGAACAAAGACAUCGACUUCCCGCCCACAUCGUCCAGCAAGCACCAGGAUUGCUCGUACGGCAUCUAUGGAGGUCAUCCCGAGUGUGCCGAUUUCCUGCUGAUGGAUUCACCGGUACAAAAUCCGGCCAUUCCUCCGCUGCUGUACGGUGACUACGGCGAAGAGAGUGAUUCCGGACCGGAUUUGUAAAAAGCAGCCAACGCAAAAAAAUAUUGUACCGGAAGCACAAUAAAACAUUGGAAAUGCAGUGCAGACUUUCAAACGAAAGCCGAAACGUCAAUUUGUUGUGAUAUAUCAAAAAAAAUUUAGUCAUUUCCUUCUUUUUUGGAAAAACAAAAUUUCAAAACGAAAACAAAAAUUAGUUUGAAUGUUCGAUUCAAAAUCGAACUAAACAUUUGAGAAAACGAUGAAAAAAAUUUAAAUUUGUACCAAAUUUUGGAGGAACAAAAAUUUAGAACAAAAAAUACUGCCAUAUAUUGAAGAAGCCACUAAUAAACCGAUUAAAUAACAAUUCCAUUUGUAUAAGUCCACGUGUGCAAAAUGCACAGUUAUUUGAUAGUGUUGCCGCAGCCGGCUCAAUUGAAGCCUAGGUGUAGGAAGGAGAACUUUGACAAAAAGAAAUUGGAUAAUAAAAGUUUACAUUGAAUUGAGUAGGGACGAUAAAUGAACGUCCUAAAUUAUUGUAAUACCAAAGAUGUAAAUAAUUUCAACAUAGUAGUUGUAAUAAAUAUUUGACCUGAA